AUGUUCGCGCGGGACCUCUUCAGGAACCCCGGCGCCACGCUUUUGGAAACAGCCCGCGGGAAAAGCGAAGGGCCCGAGUGCCCGAUCGCAGCCGCGCGCGAUUCGACAGGCAGAUGGCACCCCAACGAAGGGCGAACGACCCCAGGAAAAAGCAACAGCACAGACGCGGAGCGAACCGGGAGAGGAAAAAAAAGGCAUCCGGUAGGGUUGCUGGCGGCGCGAGGGGCAUGGUUCUGGCACAUGCCCUUUUUUUUUCUUUUUUUUAAUUUCUUUACCGGUUUUGAAGUGAAAGAAAGGGGAACUCCCGCACAGAAACCGCGCCUCAGUUGCACCGCCCGGUCCGAGAAGGGCGCCGAAAAAUAA